AACUGUGAUUGUGACUGUGCACUACUUCUCAACGAAGGACUUCCAUCAAUAAAUCUGAUCAUAGUUGACAAAGCAAAGAUUAAAGACUUAGACCGAAGCAUGCACCUUUUCCACCUUUAGUCUUCUUUGAAUCUGUGCUUUAAGCUCCCUCCUGCCAGUCUCUUCUUAAACUGAUAGGGAAUACUUCACUUGUCUCCCAGCAUUCCCAGUCUGCUGUUUUGGUCAGCUUUUGUUUCCAGGGUUCACCAGUUUAAGAGGAAGUGCUAACCAAGGACUAACUGAGCGGUUUGAUGCAAUAUUUGAGCAGAUAAAGGAAUCCAAAACUGGUAUCCAUGGACAAUAACAAUAUCAGCUUGAAAGCUGUGGUGGACAAGACAAACAACAGAGUUGUUUUUGUUGAAUCAGAUGAGAAGUUUGUUGACAUUCUCUUCAGUUUCUUGACAAUGCCUAUGGGAACAAUUGUCAGGCUCACCCGUAAUCGACCACCAACAGCAAGUAUAGGUUGUCUGAACAACUUAUAUAACAGCGUUGAGGUUCUCGACAAUCGGUAUCUCCGAACAGAAGCAUGCAUGACCAUGUUGCUAUACCCACGAAAUGGGGCAGGUGCUCAAUGCAAGAACCUAAAACUGGCAAUUGAUGACGGUGCACCCCUGCGAUAUUUUCUAUGUGGUAGGAGUGAUUGUUCUCGUUCAAAUUAUAAGCUACUAAGUCAUUACAUGAAUGCUAUUUGUGGAUGUGGACAGCUUAUGAAUUGUAAGAGAGAUUUGAAGGAGAAAGAAUCUACAAAAGCAGUGUUUGAUGAUCAAGAUGGAGGGGUAUUUGUCAAAGGACCGAUUCGAAUGACAAUAAGUGAUGAAUUGCAAGUAAUUCCCUCAUCAACUCCAGCAAGCCAUUCUUUAUUUUCUAAACUUGGGAUCAAGGACACAACCACCACCGAAGAGAGACCCUUUUCGAUGGGAGUAAUUCAGGCUUUAAAAUUGCUCAAGUGCUUGCUAGUAUCAAAGACGCCUUUGACAGAAGCUCUAUUAGAAUAUAACCCUGUGCUGGGGCUAAACAAUAUGGAAGAUGUUGAACAGGUGAGCUUCAGAAAACUUAAGGGGGAGGAGACAGCAUCAAAUGAGGAUGGGAAGAUCUAUGUCAAACUCAUGGUCAGCAAAUCCAAGAACAUGGUUUGCUAUGCUGAAGCAAGUGAAAAUUUUGUUGAUUUGCUCUUCAGUUUCCUCACUAUUCCACUUGGGUUUCUAGUAAAAGAAAUGAAGGAGGGCAGUUCAAAAGGAUGCAUAAAUCACCUUUAUGACAGCAUUCAGGAUCUUGAUGCUAAGCAAUAUUUAGUAUCUAAGGAAACGACAGCAAUGCUAGUCAGUCCCAAGCUUGCUCCUGGUUUUAGAUAUGAUGCACAACCAUUAGACAUUGAAGAAUACAUGCAUCAACCGUACUACCUCACAUGGUCACAAUGUCAAUGGUUUCCAGAGCCGACUUCUGUUGAGACACUUAUCCCUUCUGAUGAAACGAUUGCUUCUUCAGUUUUAACUGUCAUGGAUCCAAAGUCUCACUACAAUGACAAUUCAAGUGGUAGAGGAUUUUUAAAAGGACCAGCAAUGUUCACCAUAACUGAUGAUCUUAUCAUAACUCCAUUGUCCUCAGUCACAGGUCUAUCUGCUGUAAGAAAAUUGAAGGUACCUUUCAGUGAUGUAGAAGAGCGUAUUGUGUAUGUUGGUAAAGAGGAGGCAUCCCGUCUAAUGGUGGCCUCUUUUGUCUCCGAAUCGGCUCUAACCCAUACCUUUCUGUUUAAGGAGUCAAAGCAAGGAUCUUAAGAGAGACUGUUUCUUUCUGGAGUGUUCAAACGAUUUUAAUUGUGAUUGCAAUGCAUGCAUAUAGAGUGCAGUUAUUAUCAUACCAUAAUUUCUAUGCCUGGAAGAUUUGCAUAUCAUGACAAUAACAAUCUUGAGUUUGCUUUGACUCAUUAAUGAUUAUAAUUGCUUGUGUUAUUGGAAGACAUUGAAACAA